AUGGAGAAGCAGCCCGGCGGCGAGGAGGAGUGCGCGGACUCGGGAGCGGAGACGGGCGGGUCUGAGUACAGCCGAAUGUCCUCUACUAGCAGUGAACUUUCUGUGGAAGGCAUACAAGACCCAUUCCUUGUUAGUGUCCAUAUUAUCACAGACCCAGGUGAAUCCAGGACUCUUCAGCAGGCCAUUGAUAAGCUUCUAGCCUGGAUCCACCCAGACCUGCAGCUGUUUCGGGUCUCAGAAAGGCGGGUGCCCAGGAAGCGCAGGAAGCCGCUCAAGGCCGGCGUUUCUCAGCCAGCCCUCUCUGUCAUCCUGUUCCUGCAGGAGGAGUACGGGGAAGAGCCCAUCUUGCAGCUCCAUGAGACUUUUCAGCGGCCACCUUGGCAUUACCACCACACAGAGCUAAUGCAUGGGAAGUUCCUCCCUUACAUGCCUUGCAGCCAAGACUUUUACACUCUGGCUCCAGAGACUCCUCUGUGGGCCAUCCGCCCCGUGCACUACGGGAAGGAAAUGAUCCGCUUCACCAUAUACUGCAGGAAUGAGAACUUUGUGGACAUUUUGAAAUUGUAUGAGUUAAUACUGAAAAGACCAAUGUGUCAGAAAAAAGCAGACUUCUGUGUUUUUCCUGUCUAUUCUAACUUGGAAAUAGACAUUCAGUUUUCUUUAAAAAAACUCCCAAAGGGGCAGGUUCCAGUGAGGACAGAGUCAGCCGUGCUGGAGUUCAGAGUGAGAGAUGUGGGGCAGCUUGUGCCUCUCUUGCCCAACCCUUGCAGCCCCAUCAGCGAAGGCAGGUGGCAGACAGAAGACCACGAUGGAAAUAGGAUCCUCUUGCAGCAAGCACACAGUUGGAGUAGGAAAUCUGCAAAGCAGAACAAGCAACUAUAUCCAUCUGUGUCUACAGAUUCCCACUUCACCACUCUGCCAGCCUUCCUUCCUCAGAGCCACCGAUCUGUCUCUGAACUGCCACAACAAAUGGGUCCAAAAAGGGUACAUCUCACAAAUGGCCUUGGUCAUUAUCUUGGUUUCUCCCAGGAGGACUUGAGACACAGCCAUCUAGGAGACUUCACACGCAGACCCAGGAGUGCCUCCAGCAUUUCUUGGUCAUUUCAACGAAGCAAGUCUCUGUUCUGCUUGCCCACAGUGAACUCCUCUUCAGCAUCAGAGACAUUUCAUUUCAGUGAACCAUUUCAGUUUUUAAACACUGGGUCACCUGCAACCAGGUUAAAAACGUGGAAAUGCAGCCCCAAGCUUAACAUUGAUGACUUAGAGCAUGCCCAAGAGACUGAUGUGGACACAGGGAUGAAGCUGUCCUUCUCAGACCUGUCUGUGGUUUCUGCAUACUCUGCCCUUAAUGGAUUUUGCAGUGAGUUGGAAGACUCUCUUCCAUCACAGAAACAAACUGUCAGUAGGGCUAAACAGGCAGGCACCAGGGGAAGGCCUGCAUCAGCCAUGUGCAAUACUUUUGAUUCAGUUGGUGGUUCACUGCCUUCUCUUUCAGAAUGGUCUUCCAGCUCUUUCAUGUCAGCAUCUCUCUCCAAGCAACACAAACAGCCCUUGAGAGUAGCUCCCAGUUCUCUGGAUGAUCAUGUUUGCCCAGCUUCACCAGUUAAUGAAGAAGAAUUUUACAUCUGAGGCUUCUCUAACUUACACCUUCCAGAGGAAAAGGGAAUGACUUGUGAUUGACAGCACUGGGUCCACCCUGAGCUUAUAGGUUACUUGCUGAGGAGAAGGUGAUGCAGAAGUUUUGUUAAAUAUGUGAAGAAAGUACUCAGAACCCUCUGAGAUUGGCAUUCCCAAACCGGGUACAGUAAAGUAGUCUGAGAUUGCACCCUGUGUCUCUGUACUGGAGGAUAUGAUCAGCACAGAGGCUUUUGCAUAGCAGCGCAAGGUGGAUGUUUCUCACCAGCCCUUGGACUGAUGGUGAAGGAAAUGCCAGAAGAGGCACACAGUAUUCCAUUUUAAUUUGGCAGACAAUGAAGACUAAUAUGUGAAAACAAACUACUUUAACUUUUCUGAGAAAUUCCCUUAACUCAGGAAAGGUGGGAAAAGAAAGGGGUCUUAUUUCCCAUUCACAGGUUCCAAAGGCAGUUCUAAGCACAACAGGUCCCAGCAGCACAGCUCCAGUAGGGUCAGGCAAGAUGUUUCUUGUGAGGAAACACUUUCCUUCCCUACUUUGAGAGCUGCCAGUGGUGAGGUGGGGCAGAAUUACACAAACAUCAAGGUUGGAAGAGGUCUUCAAGAUCAUCUAAAUCCAGGUGACAACCUAGCACUACCAUAAUCACGCCUAAACAAUAUCCCCAAGUGCCACAUCCUGACACCUCUUAAACACUUCAGACACUGACCCCACCAACUCCCUGGA